GAGAAAGAGAAAAUGGAGUUGAGCAGAGAAAAAACAUAGCCUCCACAUGAUAUCUGAUAAAUGAAAACCUUCCCAUCUUGUGGGACAUCAUUUUUAAGAUUGCAUGUCCAUUAGUCAGCUAGAAACCUUAUCACAAAUGUACGAGGUACACUAAAAAAGCCAUAAAUCUUAAACAUUAUCUCUUAGUUCUUCAAACUGUGUAGAGAGAUGGAAGUUUGAGUAAUAGAAGGCACUAGAUUUACAGGUCGUGUCUUGUCAAUCGACUUCUGGAAGGUAACCCAACUCAGAGAUCGAGAAAUGGAAAAUUUGGAGAAGGGGAAAGUGUGUGUAACCGGAGGCACUGGAUUUCUAGCUUCAUGGCUCAUCAAGAGGCUUCUCGAGGAUGGCUACUCUGUAACUACCACCGUCAGAGCCGACCCAGAGAAGAACAAGGACUAUGGCUUCUUGACAAGUCUACCCAAUGCAUCGGAAAAACUCCAAAUAUACCAUGCCGAUCUCAACGACCCGAACAGUUUUGCUCCUGCCAUAGCAGGUUGCAUUGGAGUUUUUCAUCUUGCUACCCCAAUCGAUGAGAAGGACGAAGAAGAUGUGGAAGUUUUGACGAGAAGAGCGAUCGAAGGAACAUUGGGCAUCCUUAAAAUUUGUCUAGAUUCAAAAACGGUAAGGCGAGUUGUACAAACUUCCAGUGUAGUCUCCAUGGAUUUUAAUCACCACACAGUAGACUUCUUGGAUGAAAGUUGUUGGAGUGACAUUGAUUACAUCAAUAGCGCCUCACCAUUCGGAAGAUCAUACCCGACUUCCAAGACAUUAACCGAGAAAGCAGUUCUCGAGUUCUCUCAGCAGAGCGGAUUGGAUGUUGUUAGUAUCCUUCCAAGUUAUGUUGUUGGUCCCUUCAUUUGUCCUAGACUUCCCGGCUCUGUUCGUGUGACAAUGGCCCUUGUGUUAGGUAAUAAAGCGGAGUAUGGAUUGGUCUUAAAAUCAAACAUGGUGCAUGUAGAUGAUGUAGCAAGAGCACACAUUUUUCUCUUUGAACAUCCAAAUGCAAAUGGGCGAUACCUUUGCUCUUCCCACUUAAUCACAAUCGAAGAAUUGGCUAACUUAUUGUCUGCCAAGUACCCAGAAUUACAGAUACCCUCUGCCGAGUCUUUGAAGGAUAUCAAAGGGUUCAAAUUCAAUCCUGUCUCAUCAAAGAAGCUUUUGGAUGCUGGUUUUGAAUACAAGUAUGGUAUUGAAGAAAUGUUUGACGGAGCAAUCCAAAGCUGCAAAGAGAAGGGUUAUCUCUAGCUCAUCCUUUUCUAUUAAUAUUUCUGUUUAGAAUUGUCUGUUAUCUUCUGUGCAUGUAUGUGUGUAUAUGUAUUCAUUUGAAUGAUGGCUUUUGCUAGCAUACGAUUGUUAGAACUAUAUCUCUUAACUGGGAACUUAUUCAAAUAGGAGCAAGAGACAAUAUGGGUAA